CCCUCGGAGCUCCCCCUCCCCACUCUCAGCAGGGUCUCUUCUCUGGGAGGGAAGAGGCGCAAAAGCGCAGCCGGAGCCGAUUCCGCCGCCCGCCUCGAGGCGCUUGCCAAAGGGCGAGGAGCCUCCGGAUCCCGCUGAGCGGCUCUGCUAGCCACCUCUGCGCCCUCCUCCGCAUCAUCAUCAUCCUCAGCAGCCCCACCACUCCUCCCCUGCUCCAGAGAGGCCCGGGUGAGUGGGGAGGGGAGCUAGCCUGGGUCGCAGGAAGCAGUCACUCCUUGGCUCAACUUCCUUCCCGGACUUGGUACUGGCCCCGGGUGGGGAAUCCGUCUCCCCUUCCUUACCCAGGCCCUUAUCUUGCUGCCAGCUACCCUAACUCUCCAUAGGGACGCGGCGGAGAAAGAGGGUGUCUACCACGUGGGUUGCCAGAAGCAGCUGUUGCUUGGAAGAGAGAGAGGUGUGCAUCACAACACAACCUCCCCCCCCCCCCCGCCUUGGAUUUCUAAGACGUAAUUAGGCUAAACUUACGGAGCUAGUGUUAUUAGCCAGCAGACACACACCAAGACUGAGAAACAAAAGAGCCACUCACUUCCGCCCUUAAAUUAAUGAUGGAUGAGGACAAGGAGGGCAUGAAAGAAGAGAAGUCAGAGGGGAUCCCUAUAUCUGGCACGCCAACCGAGGUCAAAGAUGGGGGUGUGAAACUGGAUGCAGACAGGCCAUUGAUGAAGAAUGAGGGAACAUCUCGGGGAUCCUCACAGAUACGGCGGAAAGGGCUGCUGACUAGAGUAAAGAAGGAAAGGGAAAGAGCACAGGAGAGCAAGCCUCUGCCGCCUACUCCAAGGAAAUGGACACGACUUGCCACUUCAAGCAAAACAGAAAAGGUGGCAACAGAGAAGGAGGAAGAGCCUCCAAUUGUGGUGAAGAUGCUUGAGAUCCCAGUGGGUGACAACAUGCCAGAGUCUUCAUUCUCCCAGAAUAGGCUAAUAAUGGAGGAUGGCAGUGAGAAAGAACUGAUAAUUAGAAGAAGAGUGAAGAAGGAAAAGGAUGAGGAAGAGAAUCUGGAAUUUGAAGUGGAGGACUUGCCACCUGAGGAAGAGAUGAAGGUGGAGGUGGAGGAGCAGAAGGCUCAAGAAUUCGAGAUGCAAAAAGUCACCAUCCCAAUAGAUGGGAUUUUGGUGCCCUCCUCCUCCUCACACCCCAAUACCUGUGGCGUUUGUGGCAAGAGUUUUAGCCGCCGCUCAAACUUGGCCAAGCACCAGAUCAUCCACACAGGUGAGAAGCCUUACCGCUGCAAUGACUGUGGCCGCAGCUUCAACCAGAGCUCAGCCCUCACCAAGCACCAGCGGACACACACUGGGGAGCGCCCCUACGUCUGUGGAGACUGUGGCAAAGCCUUUACGGCCAGCUCAAACCUCCUCCAGCACCGCCGUUUUCACACAGGAGAGCGGCCCUAUCGCUGUGAGCUGUGUGGCAAGGCCUUCUCCCAGAGCUCCAACUACAACCUGCAUCGCCGCAGCCACACAGGAGUCACGCCUUAUCAGUGUAAUGUGUGUGGCAAACGCUUUACCGGGAGUUCCUGCCUUACUCGCCACCAGAGGACCCACACAGGGGAGAAGCCAUACCAGUGCCAGGAAUGUGGCAAACGCUUUUCUGGGAGCUCCACUCUGGCCAACCACCGGCGCACCCACACAGGUGAGAAGCCUUACGGAUGUGCUGAGUGUGGCAAGCGGUUCACCCACCACUCCAACCUAGUGGACCACUGGCGGGUGCACACAGGAGAGAAACCAUAUGUUUGCACUGAGUGUGGGAAGAGCUUUCGGCUCAGCUCCCACAUCAUUCGCCACCGCCGCACUCAUGCCAAUGCCCGUGGUGCUAGCCUGGCAUAUGAUAUCCUUGGCAGUGUCGAUACAGCUGGCAAUGACGCCAACAUUAGUGCCCAUCACGUCAGCCUCCUUUAUGAAAACCCCAGCAGCACUGACGAUGGCAGCCCUCACGGGUCCGGUCACAAUGCCCUGUGUGCCAAUAGCAGCAUCUCCAAUGGCAACAAUGAUACCGAUGGGGAAGAGGGCAGCCGGCUUCUCAUCUGCAGCCAGUGUGGUAAAGGUUUCCGCUUAGAAUCCGGCCUUCAAGAAGACUCUGUGCUGGGCGAAGGACCCUAUACUUGUACUGAGUGUGGCACCAGCUGUUGGACGUAGCCGGACAGUGGUGUAGCUGAACAGCAAAUCUUCAGUAGCCCUCCAGGAUCUCUUGACUGGAUCAGAAAGCAAAGUCCAAACACAGGAGAGAGAUUUAUCAGCGACUAAAUCAAUAAUGGACCAGGAUGGAGAGUUGUAUUCUGAUCUCCAUUUUUUUAAUGGGUUUGGGAAAAUGCUUGUAUUGAACUAAGAUUGGAUCUGCUUCCAUAGAAUACUAUGUUCACCUCCAAAGACCUGUUCCUGCUUUUGCUGUGAAGAAAAGGAGUAAAUAAUAUUGCAGAGUAUGUGCAUGUGCACGCGUGUUUGUUUGUGGUGGCAAUCUUGAUUUCUAGGACAGAAUGGGUUUCUAGUGCAGGGAUGGGUAACCUUUGGCCCUCCAGAUGUCAUUGGACAACAGCUCCCAUCAUCCCUGACCACCGGCUGUGUUGAUUGGAGCUGGUGGGAACUGGAGUCUUAACAACUGGAGGGACAAAAGUUCCUGCUAUAGUGCCACAUGAUGGCAUUAGGAAGAUACUAAGAACAUACAAGGCUUGCUGGAACAGGGCUGUGACUUAUCUAGUCCAGCAUCCUGUUUGCACUUGACUGGGAAGCCCACAAGCAGGAUGUGAGCUCCAAGAGCUUGAAUAGAUUUUCUCAUCCUAGUGUAAUAAAGUUAAGGAAAAUAAUAUCAGUAGUCAAGGCUCUGAUUGAAGCAAGGACAUAAUUAACACUGGUGCAAAUACCAAUAGACACAAAAGCUUUGGGUUUGUAUCACUAACUCCCCCUUCUGGCAGGAAAAGAGACACUUGAAGGAAUGAAGAUGUAUCCAUUGUGGGAAUGGAUGCAUAGAUGAAGAUGGUCUUCUGUUUUUUGUUUUCGUAAGGCAGGGGUGUGUGUGUGUGUGUGUGUGGAAAAGCGUAUAUGUCAUAUAUAUAUUUAAGAUCCUUGGACUUCGUAGACUCUUACUAGUAUUUGUAGAACAUCUAAACCAAAAUUUGGUCCCUAAAUAGACCUGGUCACCCCUGUUUACUGGGAAACGUUAGGAGGACACUUUUUCCACACCUGUCUCUUGAAACAUAGAACCCUACAAAGCAAGGCAGGCCACAUACUUCAGCCUCAGAUUGACAAAGCAAAUGUUCACAGUGAACUUCAUUUGUGCAAAUGAAAUUUCUGCUUGGCCAUUAAUAGUGUAUAGACAAUAUUCAGGCCAAUAUUCAGCUGUGUAGGAGAGGGCAGUAUCCCAGGAAAACACUCACACCGUAAUCAAUCUCUUACCAGUGAGAAAUAUCAUAUUACAAUCUUCCAUGGUCUAGGGACUUUGGGUCUGGGCUGUAUAUGUUCUGUGCUAAAAGUAAAAACUCCCCCCCCCCUCAAAAACGCACACUAAAGUAACCAGAAAUAAAUCGUGUCAAAUGAAAGUGUAAUCUUUUAUCUAGCUUAGAAGCAAGCCCCAUUCAGUUCAAUGGUGUUUUUUCCCGAGUGAGUGUAGGGCUAGAGCCUAAGCAACAUAGGAAAUUUUCUCGUAGCUUGCUCAGUACUGAUGAUAUUGGUAGUGGUUUCCCGUAGUUUCAGAUUGAUGUCUGCCAGCCCUACCUGAAGAUGUUGGAUUGAAUCUGGGAUCUUCUGCAUGCCAAGCAUGUGGUCUACCACUGAACUAUGGCCUUUUCCAAAUUGCAUAGAGCUGUGUAAAAUUAUUUAUUCUGCUUCCCCCAAACCCACAAGCUACAUGUAAACAUAUAUUAGUACUGAAGCCCUAGCCUAUGACCAGCGAAAGUUCUGAUCAAGCCCAAAUCUAGUUUCUGAUCCCACCAGGCACUGAUCCCAUGUCUUCCAAAAUUCUCUUUGCUGCCAUGAGGGCUAGAAACUGAUUGGUUUUCAUGGUUUAAAGGAAAUGUCAGCACCCUAAGAGUCUUUCAGUUCUAUAAUAUGAAGAGUGGAAUAACAUACUGUCCGUCCGUCCCCCAAGAUUACUGCUGACACAUGGCAGACAAAGGCAUUGUGAUGGAGUGAAUUAGGAACACAACUUAUUUAUUUAUUUAUAAAAAGAAAUAUUUUAUUAAGCACGGCAGCCUAGCAAGGUUGCACAAAAGAAACCAUCAAGUAAGACAGAGAUCCCAUAUUUGUAGGGAAAGCAAGACUUGCUCUGCUUUGAGGAGGAAUUCCAUUUAAAACCUAGAGGAGAGAAGCUCAGUCUCUUCUGCUAGGUAUUUCUAAACAGAGCCUGUCGGGCUCUUGAAACAAAUUUCAGCUUUUCCCCAAAGCUCACAGGUAC